AUGGCCGGAGAUAUAUCCAGAGAAUUAUUUAUUCCAUUUUUUUUGCUGUCACAAGACGAUAACGUCAAAGAGCUCUGCCACGCCGCCACGAAGAUCCAGGCCUCCUUCAGGGGCCACAUGACCAGGAAGCAGGGCAAGAAGAACGACGAGGAGUCCGGUACUUCCCAGGGGAAAGGACGCGAUGAGGAAGAAGAAGAAGAAGUGGAUAUAGAUUUAACGGAUCCGGAAUUGAAUAAAGCAGCGGUGAAGAUCCAGGCCUCUUUCAGGGGGCACAUGACGCGCAAGGACGGCAACAAGCCCGAGGACGAAUAAAUAAUUAAUUUUUUUUUUCUAAUUUUUUUUGUUAGUCGGGAGGCGACGAAAUUCGCGACCUUUCUCUGAUGUUUCCAAAGCUGUUUUAGAGCGCGAAAUGGUUUCGGACGGAUUCGAGUUCGGUUUUCAUUCGCAAAAUAAAAAAACGUAGAUUAAUCGAUUAGAAUUAACCCAUUUCGACGGCGUCGUCUUUAUAAUGUUAGAUUUUCUUGUUCUUGUUUCGUACGCUGUACGGAAAAUUAGCGUUUCGUGUACUACGAUUAAUAUCUAAUUAAUACUCUACAGGGUGUCCCACGACGAGUUAAAACUAUCUGUAUAUUAGAAACUACUUAUCCGAUUUAAAUAAUAUUUGGUAUUUAUAUGUUAUGUAAUAAGACGAAUCUCUUAAAAAUAUUUUGACAGUCGUACCACUUCCGGAUAUACCGGAAGUAGGCAUCAACUUGGUUAUUUUAAAUGGAACACCCUGUAUAUUAAUAUAUUUUCGAAAUCUACGUGAAAUUUUAGGGUACUUUUGUAUAAAAUACUUUUUUCAAAAAUGCAUAUUUUUUGAGUUAAUAAUUUUUGUUUGAAAAAUUUGACCGAUGCAGAUCCUUAUAAAUUAUUUUUUUUACGGGGAUCCCUUAAAGAUGUGGAAAUUGUUUCUGUAAAGUGACUACUAGAAAGGUCAAAGGUAUUUGAACUUGCGUUGAAAAACUUUUUAUUUUAUACAGGGUGUGUACAAAACAUGCGUAAAGUUGAACUUCAAAAAUAUCAAAUUUCUUCAUUUUUUUUAAAUGGAACCACCCAGUUUUUUCUAUGUAAAUGAAAUCAGCGGUCAAAAAUAAGGGAAGGUCAUGUUUACUUCCCUAUACCUAAACCUACUAGUUUUGAAGUAAUUAAAAAUUUUCAACUCGAUACUAUUUCAUCUUCAGCGUCAAAUGAGCGAAAUAAACUUUUUUUUCGGUUUUUCGCACUUUUCUCGAAUCGAGUUCGUUCGAUUCGCUUCAAAAUCUCCCAAAAGAUUCUCCAUCGGUUCUCUCGACUUUCGUAUACAGCCGUUUUCCAGGAAAAAAUCGUUUUUGGGAAAAUAUCGUUGAAAAUAGUUUUCGAGGGUUUUCUAAAAAUCGUAAUAACUCAUAAACGGUAAGAUUUACGAACAUUUUUCAUACUUGCAAAAUAAUUGAAAAUUCUUUUUUCCAUCCAAUAAAAGAGACCGGGCGUUUUUCCGAUCUGUACUUUUUGAGUUUUUUCAAAAAAAUCGUUUUUAAUUUGUCUUCAAGUUUGUAAAGUCAAAACUCGGAAACUACCAUCUUUAAGAAAAUUUUGAAAGCGAAAAUUUAUAUAUACGACAUUUUUCUAUCUAACAAAUUUUUUUCCCAUUUUCCUAAUUAUUAUUUAUCGAAUUAUAAAGAUUUUUCGAAAUCGAUGCAUAUUUUACGGCAGCCAUCGAACCGGAAGUGAAAACUUUCAGAUCUACGAUGACGUACGAUCAUUCCCGAAUGAAAGACAAAAUGGAUGACAUUUGCGUUUCCAUGGAUACGUUGACAUUUAAUUUGAUGUACAGGGUGUUUUUUCAUUAUGAAAAUCGGAAAAAUUGAUAUACGGGGCGUUUUUUUUAUCUUAAGUGAAAAAUUAUUUUAAAUUAAAUUGAAAUAUAGUACAGGGCGAUUCGUUUUUAAGGAAACGUUCAGAGCCCAUUAUUGCAAUUACCAAUAACUAUUUUAACUAUUUAGAACUGUUCGAAAUUUCAUAAAAUUCUCAGAAAUCAUUUUGAACCAUUUUAAAAUUUACUACUACCGUUUGAAACAGUUCAGAACUAUCUUAAAUCUAUUCAGAAAUUAUCCUGAAUCAUUUUGAAACACUUUAUAAACGACUACUUAUAUUCGAAACAGUAUCACUUAGAAUUGUCCUGAAUCAUUUUGAACCAGCUUAGAAUUGACUAAUUGGCUUCAUAAACGAAUUAGAACCAUUUAAAGCAGCUCUGGGCUAUCUAGGAACUACUGUACUCUAUUUUACACUCAUCUCCUCCAUCCUACCCUUCUCUACACCACUCUACUCUACUCCACUCCAUUCUACUCUACUCUAUUCAACUGUAAGGCUAUCCUACCCUACCCUUCUCUACUCCACUCCAUUCUACUCUACUCUACUCUAUUCAACUGUAAGGGUAGGAAACAAGAAUGAGAAAAAAUGUGAUUUUCCGAACAGGUUACGAAACAAGAAACAACAACCGGUUAAACCGGUUAAUUAGCCUACGGUACGAAACAAGAAUGUACGAAUCAAGAAACCACCUAAUGUUUAUUAAAGUAGAGAAGGUUCGAUUUUGUCAAUUUUUAUCAUACUAAUACGUACAUUCCAAUCCUAUUAAACCGAAUCGAUAGAAGAAAAUAUAUAUUAAAACAAAAAAAAAAAAACUUGUGAUCCUUUCAUAAAUCUGUACCUUUUUUAGAUAAAGUAAAAGUAUUUAUACCUACAAAUUACUUAAAAACGAUUCUUUUUUUACGCUUUUUUCUUCUCCGAUUGCCUUGAAUAGUGCAAUUAAAACGAACAAAAAUAUCAUCAUCGCAAAAUUCUAUUAAAACGCCAUUUAGUUACAUUAAAGUACAUUCGAUAAACGAUCGAGAUAAGAAAACUUGCAUAUUCUUGGUACAAUUUGGUGGAAUUGUAAAUUAACCUUUACAUUCGUAAUAAUGUUAAAUAAACUUUGUAAACGCACUUUGUUAAACUGUACACCACAUAGCUCUAUCUCCGGAAAAUAAAAUGUAUAAUAACGCUUUGUGUGUACAAAAAAAAAACCGAUUGCUGUAUAACUUAACAAUUUCAAAGUAACACGAAGCUUCGUGAAAGCUUUCAAUUCGAAAAUGCGCAUAAACAAAUUCAUCGCAUGAUCCAUUUAUCGCGCAACUAUUACCUGUACUUUCUCGGCAACCGAAAUGUAUCGUUUAAAAAAAUAAAACUCCCACUCGAAUGCGAAUCCGUUUCAAUUGCCCCAUUCCUCGAGGUUAUCGUCGUAGAAAUGCUCCGGUUUGAAUUUAACCAACGAAGGGGGCAAGUCCGUCCUGCUCUCCAGAUGCCUGGGAUACGACCAGAAGAUGUGCACGUCAUCGUUGUCCUCUUUGUUGUUGUUCUCUUUGUAUUUCUGCACCCAGCUCUCCGGCGGGGCUACAUCGAGCGAUUCUUCGUUCUUUCGCCUUCGUUCUUCUUGUAUGUUCUCCACUAAAUUCGAAUGUAUUAAAACGAAGUUGUUUCGAUGUUAGAAUGCUUCGAUUACCUUUCUGUCGGAGCUCGCAGAGCUGCUCGGGGGAGUAGUGGGUGUACCUGCAAACGCCCUCGAAAGGGCAACCGCCGCCUUGGAAAAACCGCCUGCAAGACGCCUUUAGUAGCUCUUCCCUCAAAAUCGUCUCCGGAUCUGUUGGAAGGAUAUAAAGUAGAAAAAUACGAACGAAAUUCGCCGGUAUUUACCUCUACAAGCCUCGUAGUGCAUGUGUCUCAGUUUCACGUGAUUGGAACUUUGUAAAUGCUUCUUUCUCGCGUCUAUGUCGUCUAUGAAGCUCUUUUCGCAAUAAUCGCAAUAAUAUCUCCGGCCCAUUUUAGUAUUUAUUGCAUUCGAUUUGUAUUACGCUUCCGUUCUUUAUUUUGAGGUUAUAUUGACAGAUCAGUUGGCUGAAUACUCAAUCAAGCGGAGUC